UCUUGAAACUUUUGCUCUACGCGACGUUGAACGGAAUGACGUUCUCGACGAAGAACUCGCAGCAAGAGUCAUCGAUGUCCUCCUGCCGCGGGUUCUUCGUGUACCUCACGAUUGACCUGCUGUGCGGGAGCUGCUAUGUGGCAGCUGCUGUGUGUGCUGAUGUGGCAGCCGCUGCGGCUGCUGAAGUGGCAGCUUCUGCGGGUGCUGAUGUGGGAGCUGGUGCAGCUGCUGACGUGACACGUGCUGCAGCUGCUGUCUUGGCAGCUGCGGAUGUCGUAACAGCUGACGUGGCCACUGCUGUGUGCCUGCUGCUGAUGUCACACCUCCUGAUGUGGCAGUUGUUGUGUCGCCGUAAGGAGGAGGAGGAGGGGGGAAACGAACAAGAAGACGAUGAGGAGGAGGACGAAGAAGAGGAGGAGAAAAAGGAGGAAGAAGAGGACUCGGAGGAGAGGGAGGAGGAAGAAGAGGAGGAAGAAGAGGAGGAAGAAGAGGAGGAGGAGGAGGAGGGGGAGGAGAAGGAGGAUAAAGAGGAGGAGGUGGAGAAGGAAGAAGACGGAGGGGAGGAGCAAGAAGAGGAGGAGGAAGGAGAAGACGAGGAGGAGGAAGAACAGGAGGAAGAAGAGAAAGACUCAGAGGAGAAACAAGAGGAAGAAGAGGAGGAAGAGGAGGAGGAGUUGGAGGAGGAGGAAGAGGAGGAGAGUACCGCGACCGAUAACGUCAUGGAGGAGGAGGAAGGAAAGACAGGCGCUGAUGUGGCAGCCACGACCGAUAACGAUGUGGAGGAGGAGGAGGAAGAAGAAGACAAAGAGGAGGAGAAAAAUGAGAAAGAAGAAGAGGAGGAAGAAGAGGAGGAGGAGGAGGAGGAGGAGGAGGAAGAGGAGAAGGACGAAGAGGAGGAAGAAAAGGAAGAUGAGGAGGAAGAAAAGGAGGAGGAAGAGGAAGAGGAGGAGGAGGAGGAGGAAGAGGAGGAGGAGGAAGAGGAGGAGGAAUUUAUAUCAAGUCAGGUAUGAAUUUGAAAAUAAAAAUUCCCGGAUUUAUACAAAGUCAGGUAUGAAUUUGAAAACAAAAAUUGAAUUUUAUC